GAUGCUACCGCCAGUAUCCUAGUGGAAUAGGCGGCUGCGGGUUUAUAUUUUUGUUGAACGUUGAGACGGUUAUUUUGGGGUUAAUAAAAAUCAAGAGUCGGAGAAACUCAAAAGGGGUCCUGCCGCGGAGGAUUAGCGACACAUAAAACUAUAGCCAAUGUUAACUUGACGGAGUUUGACUAAUGGAAAGAAGAAUUAAGUAGGCUUGGAAGGCCUACUACUUAGUUAGCUAGCGUGGGACAGUACCGAGGGGCGAUGAAUUGUAAACGGUCUGUGGUACCUUAAAGUCGGCUUCGGGCGGCCUCGUAACUUGAGCGUGGACACGUCGGAUAAGUUUUAGUCCUGGUCACUGUCGCUUUUUUGUACUAGCUGUCUAACUGGUGAAGUUAGACGGAACAACUUAAAUUUGCAGAGGAAAAAAGGAAGUUCCACUUUGCUUUUGUACACUGCCCCCAAGUUCUAAAAUAACUACAAAAAAGUUUUCUGUAGCAGAAAAAUAACUACAAAAUCUGUUUUAUGCAAGCUCAUGGUACCGAUUAAGCCAACUAGUUUGAUAACAUAGCUUAACUAGCUAGCGUUAGCCUUAAAACUUAAUAAACUUGCGGGACACAUCGGCGGCUAACAAUGGGGGAAAAUGACAACAUGGACUAUUUUUACCAGCAAGUAUUGCAGAAGGACGUGACCCGACGACUACAAGUUGGACAAGAUCUGAUAGACUACCUCAACGACCCGCAGCGCUCCCCCGACGUGGAGCAAGACAAACCUCGUUUGGAUAAAACUAUAGAUGAGCUGACGGGAUGGGUGAAUUCAAGUAAUUACAAGGUGGCGCUGCUGGGAAUUGAUAUCGUCGGUGCCUUUGUGGGCCGCUUGUCGGACCGCUUCAGGGGCUUCUUGGGGACUGUGCUGCCGGCGCUGAUUGACAGGCUGGGCGACUCCAAAGACCAGGUCCGGGAUCAGGCCCAGGCGCUCAUCCUCAGGAUAAUAGAGGAGACCGCCCCCGUCAUGUAUAUCUGGGAACGACUCCUCCCUGGGUUCAAGCACAAGAACUUCCGCAGCCGGGAGGGCGUUUGCCUGUGUCUGAGCGCCACGCUGAACACGCACGGCGCCCAGCCCCUGGCUCUCAAAAAGAUCGUCCCUUUCCUGUGUACGCUGACCGGAGACCAGAACGCGCAGGUUCGAGAGACGGCCACAGUGACGCUGGUGGACGUGUACCGGCACGUCGGAGAGAAAGUGAGAGCAGACCUCAGCAAGAGGGGCCUGUCUGCCGCACGGUUGCAGGCCAUAUUCAGCAAGUUUGAUGAAGCCCUGAAUUCCGGAAACAUGGCUCUGACCUGCUCCCAAGCGGAGGACGACGGAGACGAUAAGAGUUUUGACGACGACGACUCGGUGGAUGGGAGCCAGUCCACGUCUGGCCAGUCGGUGUUUAAGGUCCCGGCCACCCGGAAGCCCGGCAAUGCGGCCCGCAGGCCCAGUGCCAGCAGCGCUGCCAAGAGCGCAGCUUCAUCCAAGGACGUGGCAGGGGCCGUGGAUGAAGACGACUUCCAGAAGGCCUUCACAGAUGUGCCUACUGUUCAGAUCUACUCCUCCCGUGACCUUGAGGACAACCUGAACAAGAUACGUGAGAUUUUGUCUGAUGACAAGCACGACUGGGAUCAUCGCACGAAUGCGCUGAAGAAGGUGCGCUCGCUGCUGGUGGCUGGGGCUACCGACUACGACUGCUUCUACCAGCACCUGCGCCUGCUGGACGGCGCCUUCAAGCUGUCGGCCAAGGACCUGCGCUCCCAGGUGGUGCGCGAGGCCUGCAUCACUGUGGCCCACCUGUCCACAGUGCUGGCUAACAGAUUCGAUCAUGGUGCAGAAGCAAUCUUACCCAUCCUGUUCAAUCUGAUCCCCAACUGCGCCAAGGUGAUGGCCACCUCGGGUGUGGCCGCCAUCCGCUUCAUCAUCCGGCACACACACGUCCCCAGGCUCAUCCCCCUCAUCACCAGCAACUGCACCUCCAAAUCGGUGGCCGUCAGACGGCGUUGCUAUGACUUCCUGGACCUUCUGCUGCAGGAGUGGCAGACUCAUUCCCUGGAGAGGCACACCGCCGUGCUGGUGGACAGCAUCAAGAAGGGGAUCCGGGACGCAGACGCCGAGGCUCGUGUCGAGGCCAGGAAGGCAUACUGGGGUCUGCGGCAGCACUUCCCCUCGGAGGCGGACUCUCUGUACAACUCGCUGGAGGCGUCCUACCAGCGCAACCUGCAGUCGUGCUUGCGGGGGGCCGGGAGCGCCACCUCGCUGCCACAGUCGGACCGCUCCUCCUCCAGCUCGCAGGAGAGUCUUAACCGGCCUUCGCCAUCCGUGUGGUCUGCGGCUCCUGGAAGAGUCCCGGCCAGCACCAAGGCGGCGGGUUCGCCCGUGUCGCUGCAGCGCUCUCGCAGCGAUGUGGAUGUCAACGCCGCCGCCGGAGCCAAGGCCCGCCUCACUGCCCAUACAGGGGGCACCGGCCGGCUGGGUGCCUCCGGACUGCCCCCGGGCUCCUACGCUUCUCUGGACGGCGGCUCGUCUGAUAAGCUGGACGGGACCUUUUGCGAUGAGGGUCGUCUGCGCACAAAGCAGACUCUCUCCACGGUGCCGAGCACUGCGGGCAGCAGCCAAGUGGACUCCAGGGGGCGCACUCGCAGCAAGGUGGUCUCCCAGUCACAACGUUUUGAUGAAUCUGAUUGUACCCCAGCGGGCAGCCGGUCGGGCUCCCCAGGGCGGGUACUGGCCAGCACGGCCCUCAGCACAGUCGGCUCUGUGGGGGCCCAGCGCGUCCAGGCCGGCCCGGGCUCGUCGCAGCGCCGCAGCCGUAUUCCCCGCAGUCAGGGCUGCAGCCGGGACUCCAGCCCCACCCGCCUCUCUGUCGCCCCCUCCAGUCUCAGCCAGCACUACAACGGGAGCCUUGGAGCGCGAGGCAGCCGAAUCCCUCGGCCUAGUAUGAGUCAGGGCUGCAGCCGGGAGGCCAGCCGCGAGAGCAGCCGGGACACCAGUCCUGUGCGCUCUUUCCAGCCCCUCGCCUCGCGACAUCACUCCCGGUCCACUGGCGCCCUCCACGCGCCCGACGUUUUUGGGGCAGCAGGCACCGGCUACGGGAUCAGUCAGGCGGGCCGCCUGUCCUCGUCGGUCAGCGCCAUGCGGGUUCUGAACACCGGCUCCGACGUGGAGGAGGCUCUGGCUGAUGCCCUGCUUCUAGGAGACAUGAGGACCAAGCGGAAGGCUGGGCGGCGGCGUUACGACACCUACGGCAUGUACUCCGACGACGAUGCUAACAGCGACGCCUCCAGCGCCUGCUCGGAGCGCUCCUACAGCUCGCGAAACGGCAGCUUGCCCACCUACAUGCGGCAGACGGAGGACGUGGCCGAGGUGCUCAACCGCUGUGCCAGCGCCAACUGGUCCGAGCGCAAGGAGGGCCUGCUGGGCCUCCAAAGCCUGCUCAAGAGCCAGAGGACCCUCAGCCGCGUGGAGCUGAAGAGGCUCUGUGAGAUCUUCACCAGGAUGUUCGCCGACCCGCACAGCAAGCUAGAAGCGGGGAGCAGGGGCUUUGGUCCGGCAGAAUCCGGUAUAAGCUCAGCCUCUUUUAAGAGAGUGUUCAGCAUGUUCCUGGAGACACUGGUGGACUUCAUCCUGGUCCACAAGGAGGACCUCCAGGAUUGGCUCUUUGUGUUGCUCACCCAGUUACUGAAGAAGAUGGGCGCUGACCUGCUGGGCUCUGUCCAGGCCAAGGUCCAGAGGGCGCUGGACAUCACCAGAGAGUCCUUCCCUAAUGACCUGCAGUUCACCAUCCUGAUGAGGUUUACGGUGGACCAAACCCAGACGCCCAACCUGAAGGUCAAGGUGGCCAUCUUAAAGUACAUCGAGACCUUGGCCAUGCAGAUGGACCCCACUGACUUCGUCAACUCCAGUGAGACCCGGCUGGCCGUCUCGCGCAUCAUAACCUGGACCACUGAGCCCAAGAGCUCUGACGUCAGGAAGGCUGCCCAGUCGGUGCUGAUCUCCUUGUUCCAGCUGAACACCCCCGAAUUCACCAUGCUGCUGGGCGCUCUACCAAAAACGUUUCAGGAUGGAGCCACCAAGCUGCUGCAGAGCCACCUCCGUAACAGUGGCGGCACGCCACAGACCUCCGUGGGAAGCCCCCUCACCCGGCACACUUCUCGAUCCCCGGCCAGCUGGGGCAGCCCGCUGACCUCGCCCACCAACACCUCACAGAAUGCCCCGUCUCCCAGCGCCUUUGACUACGACACGGAGAACAUGAACUCUGAGGACAUCUACAGCUCGCUGCGUGGCGUCACAGAGGCCAUCCAUAACUUCAGCGUGCGGAGUCAAGAGGACAUGAGCGACACGCCACGGCGGGAUGGCGAUGGGGGGGGUGUCGGCAGCACCGGGCCGGAGUAUAGGAUGGGCGUCGAGUCCACAGACAGCGGGCGCACGGCCCUGGACAACAAGACGUCCCUGCUGAACACCAUGCCGCCGCUGCUGCACUCCAGCCCCCGUGGCCUACGGGACUACAAUCCCGCCCACUACUGUGACUCAUCCUUCAGCAAGGCCGCCCUCAAGGAGGCUGUGUUCACCGACGACGUCCAGCGUUUCCCCGAAGAUGGUGGUCUGGACCAGUCAGAACUGGUCUCAGAGCUGCUGAAGGAGCUGUCCAAUCACAACGAGCGUGUGGAGGAGCGCAAGGCUGCCCUGUGCGAGCUGCUCCGGUUGGUGCGCGAUGGCCAGCUGCUGGUGUGGGACGAGCACUUCAAGACCAUCCUGUUACUGCUGCUGGAGACUCUGGGUGAUCGUGAGCAUGUGAUCCGGGCCCUGGCGCUGAGGGUGCUGAAGGAGAUUCUGCACCGGCAGCCGACCCGCUUUAAGAACUAUGCCGAGCUGACCAUCAUGAAGGCCCUGGAGUCCCACAAGGACCCACACAAGGAGGUGGUGCGGGCGGCAGAAGAGACGGCAGCCAUGUUGGCCAGCUCCAUCAGCCCAGAGCAGUGCACCAAGGUGCUGUGCCCCAUUGUACAGACAGCCGAAUAUCCCAUCAACCUGGCUGCCAUUAAGAUGCAGACUAAGGUCAUCGACCGGCUGUCCAAGGACGGUCUGAGGCAGAUGCUUCCUGAGAUCAUCCCAGGACUCAUACAGGGAUACGACAACUCUGAGAGCAGCGUGCGAAAGGCCUGCGUCUUCUGCCUGGUGGCGCUGUACUCCGUCAUCGGAGAGGACCUAAAGCCACACCUCAGCCAGCUGUCCGGCAGUAAGCUGAAGUUGCUGAAUCUGUACAUCAAGCGUGCCCAGACAAGCUCCGGCAACACAGAGCCAUCUCCUGACAUCUCAGGCCAGGGCCUAUAGAGGGUGAUGCAAGGGAGUGGGGACAGUGCCUUCUGCUGGCUGGACAGGAAAGGAAGGGGACAUGGGCAGGAAGCCGCCCAGUUAGACUCCAUACACACACAGAGACACACACACACACACACACACUGACACAGACACACACACACACACCUUUUGCUAUGCAUGUAGCUACGUUAUGCUACUUCAACCCAUGCAACGUCUUCAGCUGCGAAGGGCUCCGAUGCCCCCCCCCCCCACCACCUGGAUAUGUGGGACAAGUUCAGCUUUAUCACUGGGGGCCGCUUUCCAGUUUAUACCCAGUAACUGGACCCCGUGCAUGCUGGCUUUCUCCACCUCAGGUCCCAUCACCCUGGGUAAACGGCAGUGUUACCUGUGACCUCUAUAUAUAUAUCUAUAUAUAUAUAUAUCUAUAUAUCUAUAUAUAUAUAUAUAUAUCUAUAUAUAUAUAUAUAAUGUGCAAUUUUUUUUUAUAUGGUCACAAGUGUACGAUUAUGAAGACAUGGAUCAGCUGUGUAAGUUGUUCUACAAAUAUUACAAUAAAUGUUACAAAACGCUAACAUGUAACACUGGUGGUGGUAGGUGCAGUCUAAGCGCGGUGACCUUCAUCCAUAACAGUGACUGCAUUUGCUGAAGCAUCGCCUACAAAUAGCAUUUCAGUGCUAACAGUUUUGCUAACUCCAAACAUGGGGGAGCGCAGUCAGAUAUUUCAUGGACAUUAACCCUAAAACAUGCGACUCACAGGUUUGUCUAAUCAGAGCAAAGGCAGUAUUCUGUUUAGUGUUAUCCUGAACUUCAAGUUGUUUGCCCUUAAAGCUUUUUUUUUUCCUUUGGUGAAUUCCUAGUUUUUACACUGAAUUUUAACUUAUCAGUGGAGCAGUGGUACGAACAGAUCGGACUGUCAUUUGCUUUAUUUUGUGUUUGCUUGUGUGCAUCUGUGGUUGGUCCCAUGCAAAAUGGAGGAACUGUCAAUGGACCCUGAACUGGCAGUGUGGCUCCCUCUUCUUACAUUGCAAGCUAGAAGGGGCCAGCGCUCACUGUUGCGGCUCGCCCCCUGCUGGCAGGACCUGCACACACCAGCUGUCAGGACGUCCAAUGUAAUCAAUGGCUAACCAGCUCCUUGUUUUAUUUUCUCCCUCGAUCUGUUAAGUCUGCAGCCUUGAAGUCCAUGUCUAGUCUUUGUCAGACCGGCCGUCACCCCGGGGGGAGGCUGGCUUUUUCGCUGCUCGGUCUGUGCUUUACGGAGACUGAGCCGGCAAUCGCUACAUGGACUGUGCAGGUGCUUGCAGAGCAAAGUUGUGGUGGGAAAAUGACUAAACCCAGAUAUAUAUAUUUUUUUUUACCUCUCUCCCCCCGUCUUUCGUUUUUUGAUCCUCUGCUCAGCCUCCCCCAGUAACGUAACACUGCGUGGAUGCUCCCUGAAUGACAUUCACCCCCCCCCCCCCCCGGUUUCAUGGUACAUCCUGACCCAGGUGUGGCGUUCACGCGCCAGCUCUACAUCACCCCCUUGUGUAUGGGGGAGGGGUAUUCACUCCUCUGGAUUAGACAGGUGCUGAUUUUAUAUAUAUUAUAAUAUAAUGUUUAGGGAAAGGCACCGAAGGUUAUGCUGGAGAUGGUCCGAGGCUACAUUAAUUCGGAAGGGGAAAAUUGUAGAAAAUGUAUUUGCAGACUUGAAAGGCUUGAUUCUGUGUCUCUCUCAUUCUCCUAGUGCCCCUCCCAACCCCAUGAGCUGUAACAUUAGUUUUCACUGUUCUGUUAUCUUUCGUGUAUUUAUAGCCUUCUGCUGAUAGUUGUCCAUAUACAGGCAAUAAAAUUGUACAGAAUAUUA